AUGGGGAAGCGAUUAAGCUAUGGCAAUCCUUUCGGGAGUCCAAGUUCUGGUGGCAUUCAUUCUGGUAGUCUAUCAUCUGGAGGUAAUAAGUCAUGGGGGAAAACGGUAAAUGGUCAAGGGGGUCAACAACAACGGACUUCGCAUUGGGGUACCCCACCUGCUGCUCAACAGUGGGGUACACCACCAGCUGCUCAACAGUGGGGUACACCACCAGCUGCUCCACAGUGGGGUGCACCACCAAGUCCUCACCAAUGGAGUACUCCACCAAAUUCUUUGCAAUGGGGUACAACAGCGAAUGCUCAACAAUGGAGUUCACCACCGGUGGCUCCACAAUGGGGUUCAACAUCAACUGCUCAACAAUGGAGUUCACCACCAGUAGCUCCACAAUGGGGUACAACAUCACCUACUCAACCUUGGAGUUCACCAUCAAAUGAUCAACAAUGGAGUUCACCUCCAACAAAUGUGCAGUAUGGAUUUUCACUUGAAACUCAGACUAAAAGUACAAGAAUUGCUGAAGAAAGAGUUGUAGAAGAAACACCAGUGCCAACUUCAACCAACAGUCAAAGAAGAGUUUUCCGUAUAUGCCAACUGCGGUCACAAGGAGUUCAGUUUCUAAAUUAUGAAGAAAGAGUUGAGUUGUGGAAUUUGGAGAAUGAACCAUUUGAAGAGUUAAUUAUUCAACCAGCAUUGAGUUACUACAAUAGACAUUUUGUAAGAGGACAAGUCCAAACAGAUAAUGGAUUGGGGUGGGAAAAUAUUUGGCAUCGGUUACAAGAAGAUCAUGCCGCUUGUCUUCAGUUACUACGAAUGUCACUUGAUUGCUUCAGAACAUUGUGUCAUCAACUAGAAGCAAGAUAUGGACUACAAUCAACAGUGAAUGUAAGCAUUGAAGAGAGUGUAGCCAUCUUUUUACGAAUAUGUAGGCACAAUGAAGUUCAACGAGAUGUUGAAUUACGAUUUGGCCGAAACCAAAAAACAGUGAAGAGAAAUUUUUUUGAAGUGCUUAGAGCGACAUAGUUACUGGCUUGAUAUAUCCACACUUCAACACGACAAGAACUCCAUAGGAUUCCCGAAAAACUUAUGGAUGGAAAAUAUUGGCUAUUUUUUAGUAGAUUUGUUGGAGCAAUGGAUGGGGUUCAUGUGUGUGCGAAGGUCAAGCCAGAGUUACAAGAAAUGUAUUGGAAUCGACAUGAUAGAACAUCAUUAAAUAUCAUGGUCAUUUGUGAUAUAAAUAUGUUGUUCACAUAUGUUUGGAAUGGUGCCCCAGAAUCUUGUGGAAACCAAAAUUCGCACAGUCGAUUUCUGUCAAAAUUAGGAAAUUAGGAAAACCCUAAUUUCCCAGAGGUCCAUGAGAUCUGUUAAUACCACACGCUAAGCAAUCAGAACACGAAAUAAAAGACAAGAAAAGUAAGAAAUCGAAAAGAGAGCAAAUUAGAUCUUAUUUUGAAUUCGCGUUUGAGCGUUACAACAAGGUAAGAGCCUAGGCUACGAGAGCUGUCGGCGAGAUUCCUAGUUCUAAAACCCUAAGACGACAAUAACCUAAUUGAAUCGCAGCUCGAAUAAAAAAAACGGAAAUAUGCCUAAAUUGCUCUAAGUGCUAAGUUUGCUCUGAAAAAAGUCUCUCCCUAUGCCUCUCGCCUAGGACUCCUUAUAUACUCGCUCCUAGGUCAGUUUACCCUUUUUCUCUUCUGCUCUUUAGCCGUCAUAGCUUAAAAAUGGAGAUAUUCCAUUUUUUUCGAUCUUCGUAAUUAUCCUCAAAAUUUUCGUAUUUAUCCGCGGAAACUUGAUAUUUAUCUUUCCUUGAAAACCAAGCGUAAACCGUCAUGCGGCUUACAGGCUGUUAGUUAAGAAAUCGUAAGUUGGGGCUUGAGCCAUGUUUUAAGUCCCUUUGGACCGUCUUCUGACUCGAAACAUUUAUUACGGCUUCUUUCGAUAAAGAACAAACUUUCCGCGGUUUUUACCGCAAAGUUUGAUUGUUUACUUAGAAUGGCGGAAGACAUGAAAUGGCUUCGCCAUGGUCUUCGGAAGAUAGCAUCAAAGGGUAGACGAGAGUGCAUGGACUAGUGUCGUAUCGAUGUUUCGGAAGAGCUCGGUCGUUACGUAGCGACCGAACAGAACGCACGCUCGGUCGCUAUGUAGCGACUGAGCUUGGCUCGAGCUCGGUCGCUAUGUAGCGACCGAGCGUAGCGACCGAGCGGAACGCGCUUUUGGUUGCUGCGUAACGAUCCUUUUCGAGUUCUUGUCCGAUGUCUCGUAUUUCCUCCGCUAAGGUUCAUAAGAAAGAAUCAAUUUCGAAAAGGUAUUUGUCGAAGAAAGUUUUCAUCUUCUUCUUCGGACGUUUUGAAUGUUAACUUCAUUGUAACCGUUUUUGACUCCAACAAGCUUUUCAUAAGAAAGAAUCUAUUUUGAAAAGGUAUUUGUCGAAGAAAGUUUUCAUCUUCUUCUUCGGACGUUUUGAAUGUUAACUUCGUCGUAACCGUUUUUGACCCCAACAGAUCUUGUCAUGAUACAGCAGUUCUUACGAUGGCGCAAAACAAUGAUCGUGAAUUUCCUUAACCACCAGCAGAUAAUAAUAUGUUGUUGACUCUGGCUAUCCAAAUAAACAAGGUUUUCUUGCUCCAUAUAGAUCUUCACGGAACAUGAUGGUUCGGUAUCAUAUGUCGCAAUUCGAAAAUGCUCCUCCUCCUCAGAACAAGCAGGAAUAUUUCAAUCGUUGGCAUGCAUCUUUGCGUUCAGUUAUUGAAAGGACAUUUCGUGUUUGAAAAAAGAAAUGGAGAAUUUUUUGUAAGUUUCCAAGAUAUAAUAUUGAAGUUAAAAAAAGAGUGGUAUUGGCUACAAUUGAUCUGUAUAAUUUUAUUAGAAUUUCAAAUUCUAUAGAUGAUGAUUUUGCUGAAAUAAUGGGACAAACACAUGUUGGCAACACCGAAGCGGAUACGGAUACUAAUGAGAUGAAAGCACCAGAUAUAGCUGAUGGAGAUUUAAUGGCGAAUAUCAGAGAACAAAUUGCAAAUGCAUUAUGGGCCAAUAAAAAUAUUUUGUAAUAUUUUUUACUAAUGUUUUUAUUUGAAUUUAUGUUUUGUUUUUGUUUCAUAAAAUAUUAUGUAUUUGUUGCAUUUUUUUUUUUAAAAAAAUUGUAACUGAAAAUGAAAUAAAAAGUUUCUAUUUUAUAGAAUGAAUUAUGAAAUUAUAGUCUGAACCAUCUUUUAUCCGCUUUCACCAUUCAAACAAAUAUUUCAGACCGUUAGAUCCGCUCUUGUUCUGCUAGAUCCGCUCGAUCCGCAACGCUUGAUCCGCUUUCUCCAUUUGGAACCCUAACCAAUAUGAGGUGAAUGUUAAUUACGACGCCACAUGAAGCACAAGUGAAGUUUAAGUUCCUUAUUGCAAGAAAUCUUCUGCAACUAAAUAAGAUGACUGAACCUAUUUCAUAGCUAAUUAAAUAGUAUUCAAAACACCACCAUAAUCAGAGGUGAGAGAGUACAAGAAAUUAUGAUUAACUAACAUCAGAAACUAAAAACAUGACCACUCACUUAACCCUUCACGAUACCAAUCACAAGUACCGCUCUCUAACCUACACCUUAAAAACACAACGGUUCAAACAGUACUCAAUAAUAUAAACCAUCCUAUUACAUUGACCAACAUCUUACCCGAAUAAAACACAAACAUUUACAUUUUUUCUUCAGGAGCAUCAACUUUAUGUUAUAUUUAAAUUUCAACUGAAUUUACUUUGUUAUGAUUAUCAUCAACUUUUUAUUCUACGAAUCAAUCAGUCACCACCACUUAUGAUAUUCCACAUUAACCUAAGAAACUUUAAAACAGAGUAAUAUACUACAAUCGCUAACCACUAUCAAAUAGAUCAGAAAAAAUCAUUCUCUUUCAACAUAUAUGCAACUUCAUAUUUUUGAACAUAUUUUUGUCACUAAAACCAUAAAAAAAUUGUAAAUUCAUUCAUUUGAACAAAAAAAUUAUAAAUUCAUUUAAGAAUAAAAUAUACGAAUCCGGCGCGAAAGACCACUAGUGUAAUCAUAUUUGGACUGUACAUACAUUUUUAAAUAGUUUCAACUCUCAAGCAAAUCAUUACCAAGGAAGAUGUUUUAACUUUAUAAAUUACAAUAUAAAUUGAAUAAAUGAUUAGAUGUAUAUCAUAUUUGGUAUUAAUAUAUUUGUAGUUUUAUUACAGCUAAUUUAUGAACAAUAUAUAGAUUUUUAAUAUUAUCAAUAAAUGAAUAUAGUUGUAUGUAAGAUAGUUUUACAACACAUGUAUCCAAAUGCAAUUAUAUUAAAUGUGGCAUAUUUUUGGGUGUUUUUCAAAACCAACCGACUUUUUCAAGUCAAACCCAAAACCAAUCCUUUUUUUUUUGUCCAUACUAUUCAUCAUUAAAAUUUCUAUAUUAUCCCUAUGUUUUGAAUUAUUUACAAAAUUGCCAUUUUUAUUUAAUUUUUUAUUAAUUUCGAAAUUAGCAAAAGACCAAAUACACCCUAACCAUUAUUCUUAUUUACAAAAAUGUCAUCAUCAUCAAUUUUUCCAACCACCAUGAACCACCAUUUUUGAGCUCUAAAGCUCUAGAAUUCAAUUUUCAACCACUUUUUUCUCACUCUAACCCAAAAAACUUCAUUUCCUUUUAUCUCCUCUACAUUUCCAUCUAAAAAACUCUCAUAACUUACAUUUUCAUAAUCACAAACUUCAUAUUUUCGAGUUUCUUCAUUAGUGAAUCAUCAAAGAUGCUUCUUUUUGCUCAUAUUUGAAGUUUGGACGGUUGAAAAGGUUGGAAACGAGCUUUACACAGGAAAAAAGUAACUAUUUACAUGGUUUUCGUUCUUUUUCAGAUCUGUGUCGCGACAAUAGACUGUUUUGUAUGUCUACGCCUCCGUGGAGACUUACGAUGGAGUCUAUUUGUCAACGCACAUGUUAGUUUUGCAAUUGACCAGACAAAAUUGUUUUCUAACGAAAACUUCCCCAGUAGUCUCCGUCUUUACCUUUGACAACAAAAAUAAAACUUUCGGAAUACUUACUAAGACGUCUACCUAAAAGAGGUUAGUUUUUCAUUUGACCGAAUUUUUGACUUUUCAAAAUAGACUUCAACGGAAGUCUACAAAAUGUAGACGGCCAACGAAGUCUAUAAAAAGUCAGUUUUGCAUUUGACCAAAACUUUGACUUCGUUGAAUAGGUUAGUUUUGUGUUUAACCAAAAAGUUUAAAAAGCAAUCAAAAAUUUAUUAAAUUGUAGACUUCAUAUGCAGUCUUCUUAUCUUAGAAAAAAAAUGUAGACUACGUAUAAAGUCUACUUUUUUAUUUUGGUUAAAUGCAAAACCAACCCGUCGGAUUUGAGAGUAGACUUCACAAGAAGUCUACACACCCGUAGACGUUCAUUUCAAUCUACUGAUUGGAAGUCAAACUUGGUCAAUUGCAAAACUAACCUCUUUCAAAAAAAAUUCAAACAUGUAGACUGCAUAUGAAGUCUAGUUCUGAAAGUCAAAUCUUAGAUGAAUUCUGGUCAAUUGCAAAAAUUAACCUUUUAAAAUUGUAGACUGAAAUGAAAGUCUACAUGUACAAAAUCACAACUUUUUUUGAACUAUAGAAAGCAACCCGUAAAAUGGUCAAUUGCAAAAAUCAACCCAAAGAGUAGACCUAUUUGACAGUCUAAAACUGAAAAGAACGUCUACAUCUUCAUAGACUGAAUAUUAAGUCUGCAUAGAAAAAUCUAUAAAAAUGUGAAUUUGUGUAUUAUUCGUUAAGUUUUUUCUAAUUUUUUUUGUUUGACAGUGUGUGUUAGUUAAUCCUAAUGGGUUUGAGUGAUUUUGAAAAGAAUUUUUUUUAUAAUUAUGAAGGAAUAAUUCAUUUGUUUUGACAAUGUUGUUAGCUAAUAAUUGUAGACGUAUUUGUAAGUCUUCGUUUAUAGUUUUGGCUGACCUUGUUUCAAAGCUGAAGUCGGUGGCUGUGGAAUAUAAAUUUACAUUCUCAGCAUAUAAGACAACGAAAACUCUGUAUGUGACUAAGUGUUGUGUUCAAGGAUGUGGUUUGAAUCUUAGAGGGAGUGUGAAGCAUGAGCCAAAGACAUUUUGGGUGACAAAAUAUUCGAAAAGGAUGAAGAAUCGGAAAGGAUGAACAAUAUUCCUUGUGCAUGAUGGCUGUACACAUGGUAAACUUCUUAAAACGGCACAAGAUGAUUAUGAUCUGGAUAACAAAAUUGAGAAGAUGGUGCUAACCUAUUCCUUACCAGACGUCAUUUUACAACAAAUGACUCCAAAUAGGCAAAUACUCCUCUUAUGCAUGUCACGAAUAAUUGAAAAGUACGGAACUUUAUCGAGUUAUCUAAGACACACUUUGUACGUCUUUGUGUAUCAAUCAUGCGCCAAAUACACUUGAAAUUUUUGGAUUGACUAUAUGUUAGAUAAUAAGUGUAGACGUUUUUGUAAAUCAACAAAUAUAGACUGCAGUUGAAGUCUACAUCGUAAAUUCUAUUAAAAGUACAUUUGUGUAUUAUUCAUCAUAUUUGUUUAUGAUUUAAUUAUUUUACAGUGUAUGUUAGUAAAAUUUUAAUUGUCUUGGAUGAAUUUCACAAGUUAAUGUGUUAUAAUUUUACACUUGACACUUAUUGCAAAUUGUUUUGAUUAGUUUUACUCUUGAAACUUUUUGGGAAAAUUUUGUAUAGAUUUUCUCCUUCUCAGAUGUGUGUUAGCUAUUAUUUUAGCUUAUGGUGGUUUUACUUGUUUGGUUGGUUAGAUUUUGCGAAAAAAUUGAUAUCAAACAAAAAAUUAAUAAUAUCAUACAAGUGAAAACAACUAAAAAUGAAUACAAUGUUUAUAAAUUAUGCAUUAAAAAAUUAUUUUAAAAUUAAUAUUUUAUUAUGAAAAUUAUUACAGAGCAAUAUAUUAAAACGUAUUCUUGAGUAUGUUUGAUUUUUCAUAAUCUUGAUGCCUCAAAUAAAAUCUUGGAAAAAAGUACUUGCAAAAUAAGAUAGAGUUAUGAGAAAAACAUAAGAUAAAAAAUUAAAUCAUAUUUUAGUAGACUUUUUAUUAAGUCUACGUAAAGUUAUUGUUUUGUAAACUUUAGUUGAAUUCUACACUAAUGGAAAGUUUUCAUAUCUAAAAGUGUACAUUUAGAAAAUUUGAAAAUACUUUGUUCUGGAAAACAUUUCAAAAAUAGUUUUUUGUCAUCAUUGUAACAAAGCAAAAAGAAAAUGUAUGAAUAUAUAAAUUUAGUUCA